CCCAAUCCCUUGAUCUGCUUCACCAUGUCAGACAACCAGCAUCUGCAAGGCCAAUCUAGUGUCCCAGAAACGCCCGCAAAUACGUCAGAAGUUGAUACAUCGGGCGCGCCGGCCGCAGCAAGCAGCGUCGGGCCCGCUUCGAGCGAGGGGACAGAUCAACAGGACCCUGUCGUGUCGACUUCUUCUUCAAAAGUACAAGAUAUACUACAGCAAAGCAUCAAUCGCGACAACUUUCAGGAAGAAGUUGGACAGGUGAUGGGCACCAUAAACAGUUGGUGGGGGGGCGUCAAGAAACAAUCCGUGUCUACUUUGGCGACUUUAAAGGCCGAUAUAGAUAAAACAGUGACCCAAGCCCAAGCUGACUUUGAAUACCUCAAGGCAGCUAAAAUUGAAGUGGUACGCAAAGACGCCACUUCCGAGCCCACUAGAGUGUCAGCCAAGGAGGAUCAAGAUAUCAGUGCAGAUACUUUGAAAGAAGAACCGAUAAGUGUCCAAAACGAUCAGGACAAGGGAAAAGGGAAAGAAACGGCACAGUCAUCGGCAACGAAUCAGACGAGCCCCCCUGCUUUCUUUACGAAACUCGCUUCUUCAACUAGUCAACUUCAGCAAUCACUCCUAUCCGCUGUACAGUUUACACUCGAUGCCACAACUGCCAACUCGGCACUGUCCAAUCCAAAUGCCUUCCGUCAGCAACUUGUGGAUAAUCUACGCCUGGCCUCCGCUCGAGAGAACUUGCAGCUUUCAGUCAAACAAGCUGAAAAACUGGCUGAAGAAUAUCUGCGCAAAGGAGACCAGUGGGUCAAAGGUGCUGAGAAGUGGAUGGAAGAGGCUGUUAAAGUCGUACCUCCAGAGGGAGAAGAGACUCACGUGGUCAACAUCGGCUGGGAUGGCGGAGAUUGGUACUCCUUUUCAACUUCUGAUAAUACCCCUCUGCACAUAUCAACGAUUGACAAUGGUGCCCCUGGUCCCUCAGCUGCUGGUACCCAGGUCAAGGUUCUGGCCAGCUCUCGUAAGGAUGCACUUUUGAAGCGCCUUCGAGAAGAUAAGCAACUUUUGUUGGUUGAUCCUGAAGGUGAAGGGGAAACUGAGAAAAGGAAAGCAGAGUUCCGUGACUGGGUUAAGACACAAUGGGAAGCACAAAAGACAAAUGGGCGACUGGAGGAUGAGGGUCUUGUGGGUCAUAUUAGGAUGGAGCUUGUGCCUGAGUACCUCACAGAUGAGCAAUUCUGGCAACGUUAUCUAUUCCACAAACAUAUGAUUGAAGAGGAAGAGCAGAAGAGGAAACUGCUCUUGCAAACUUCUCAACAAGACCAGUCAGAUGAUUUCAACUGGGAUGAUGAGCCUGAAGAAACUACCCCCCUGGGUGAUGGGCAGGCAUCCCAUGGUGUAGUCACCCCUAAGGUCAGCCCAGUUGGCAAACUACCUAGUUCAGUGUUCAGUCACUCAAAGGCAAAACUUGCUACUUUGGACUCAACAAGCCCACAUGACUCGGAGGAGAGCUAUGACCUAGUCAGUGAUCAGGGAGGGAAGACUGCCAGGGCUGCCCCUCCUGUGGGAGAUGAUGAUUCUGACUGGGAGUGACAAUGAUUAGUUCUGCCACUUGUUAUUUGUUGUUGUAUAUACUAGCCAAACCAAGCUCAUGUCAAAUAUUUUACAGAUAGGAAAAGACUAUGAUAAAAAAAGUUUCAGAUAGAACUGAUCCCUUGGAUGUUUUUUGGGUUUCCUAGCUGAAGAUGCAGACAUGGUAACAAUUUACUUGCUCAUGAGACUGAAACUUAUGCUUUCAGAAUAUUGCAAUCUGUGUAAGAGGUAGGACAUGUCUUAAAUGGCCCACACCCUUUUUAGGACCCA